CUUGACGAAAAAACUUUAAAAAAUUGCUGCAGAAUUCCAGUUCUUGGGAAGAAAAUCACACAACCCACAUCAUACUUAAUAAAGUUACCCUCGAAAAUCAAUGGAUCGAGGCCAAACCAGUGAAGAUUCUCUUGAACCGAGACAAGACAAUGAUAUGGAGGUCGGGAAUGCAUUAGCAACUAGAAAAGUGCUCAAAGCAGAUCGCGAGAAAUUGAGACGAGACAAGCUAAAUGAGCAGUUUCUGGAGUUGGGCAACUUACUAGAUCCAGACAGGCCCAAGAACGACAAGGGCACCAUUGUCUCCGACACAAUCCAAGUGCUCAAGGAAUUGAAUUCUGAGGUGAAAAGGCUCAAGAAAGAGCAUGCACUACUUUGCGAAGAAACACACGAGCUAACACAGGAGAAAAACGAGAUCAGGGAAGAGAAAGCUUCUCUGAAAUCCAGUAUUCAGCAGAACCUCAGAGCUCAGCAGCAUCAACAAACUCAAGGCUUUGUGGUUCCGUGGGAUUCUCAACUACUGAUGGCACCAUCGUAUCCAUUUCCUAUAGCUGUUCCCAUGCAUCAUCGAGCAGCACAGGUGCCGCCUUUAUUUGCCAAUGCCACACCAUCGACUUACAUUCCUUAUCUUGCUCCUGCUAUGCCUAGAGUCGACCAGCCCGCUGCCUUGAAUGUGUCAGCUUCUGGGCCAAGAGCUGGAACUGCAAAUUCCACUGACGUUGCAACUGAUUUGGAGCUUAAGAUACCAGGAUCUAAGGUUGAACACAAGAAGCUGUGAUGUGAAGAUGAAAGUGGUUGUUCCAAUUUUUUUACUGUUUUGCAAAAUUGUGCAGGAAUUGUCAGCGAGAGACAAGAGCAAACAACGUCAAGAGAAGCCAAGAAACGGUGGCGAUUGAGGCUCGUUUCAGUUUACGAUUGCCGAUGAUGAUCGGAAGAGUUUCUCAGCUGAUAAAGAUAUCAAGAGACUGUAAAUUAUUAGUGUGCUUUUUUUUUCCAUUUUCUGUUGUCUUUGAAUGUGAUCCUUGUCAUUGAGGCGGCUAUUUCUUGUGAUUUCUUUAUUUAUAUCAAAAAUAAACAAAUUAAGGUUGAA